AUGACUGGUGAAGCCAUGAUCGAUGGCAAAGGGCUGCCAGUCUCUCAGGCUGAUGGCCAGGAGACCAGAGUCGGCUGCGCCGACUGGGCUACCGCCUACCCAAGCGGCAUUCCACUGAACUACAACAUGGCCCAUCACGUCGGCGAGGAAUACCCCAAGUUCUACAUCGAGAGCUAUCUCCCAAUGAUGUUCUACACUGAGCCCCCCGAGGACCUCAAAGCCAUCUUCAGCACCAAGAAUGGCCAGCUCAAGCCCCGCCGGCUGGAGCACGUCCUGCCCCGGCGCGAACUGAAGCUGUGGGACGCCGAAAAGAUUCAGAAUACGGCCAACUCUGUCCGUAAGAAGUUUUGGGCCAACAUGCGCAGCAUGCCUGAGCCCAAGGCUUGGGCGGAUCUGUAUGACUACUUUGACGCCCACGACAUCUACUACGAAGGCGCCCUCAACCUCUGGAACCUCAUCUGCCAGCUCUGGCAGGAAAACCAGAAUCUCCUGCCUGACCUCUACCGGACCAUGUCUUGUGAAAUUAGUAUCUGGGCCGACGAGUGGCUGGAGCAGCCCGGUCACAAGGAGGCUUUACUCGCCUGGGAUGCCGAGGAGACGAUCGACAUUCUCAAUAUCCUGUCCAAUGAGGAGAUGAAGGAUCUUCGAGGCGUCAACGCAGUCGACCUGGUUCUGGCUCGAGCAACUCUGGUUCACUGCCGUGACCAGUUGAAGAAGAUCGAGUCGUCACUCCCUCAGCCGUACCCGGGCAACAGUCUGAAGGAUAACUGGGCAGAGGUCAACAAGUGGCUUGCUGGCCAGCCUGUUGGCAAGACCACCAGUGGCUUAUUCAGAUCCCAGGAUCGUCCUGUCAUUGUUUGCAGCUCCAUGUACAAAGACCAGGCCACCUCCAUAGACGCACCGAUUUCUGAUGCUGUACCCGCCACCGGAGAGCUUGCUGGGCUCCUCGGCGAAAGUGCCGCUGACGGUGUCCCCAAAGGUGAAAGUCAGCCUCAGCAGAGCCAGGAUCUCGUGGGUCAUCACCAGGCCACACAUGAGCCUGGAACCAACCUGGAGUCGUCUUUGGCUGAUGCCUCUCCACGGAAAUCGUCCAAGUCCGUCACCGACGCAGGCAAGAACGACGACAAGACUCCUCGUGCCGGCAGAAUCGGAGCUCAGAAGAAAGCCAACGUCUCUCCUUCUGUGGCAAAGACUCAACACCACGAGUCUCUUGGCUUGCCAACUGGCACAGUCAUGGGGGGUGGCUAUGUCAACUCUCUCCAGAUGGGCUCUGGCAUGAAUUUGAACAACCCGGGUCUUGUUUAUAACGGGACACAGUUCUUCCGGCCCUUUGACAGCAUUGCCUUCCAGUCUGUUGGUGCCGACUUCUCCAUGAUGGGCAAACAACAGUCGCCUAUGGAAUUCUAUCCACAGCCGCCGGGCUUCAGCCAUGCGUCCGAAAUGGGCACGGCCAAGAACAUGAAUCCCAUGUUCAAGAUGCCAAAGAACAGCACCAGAGCUGCUGAUGAGUUCUGUAACCCUGACAGCCAGCGCCUCUCAUCACUUAAUCCUCCUCGCCAACGCUCGAACACGAACACAACGAUCACUUCUUCCCACAGGGCUUACACGGGCACCCCUGUGCAGUCCAACAACGCAUGCAACUUCCGGAACAACGACUCUCGUGGUUUUCACAGCGGCGCAAACAUCCAUGGUGGAUGGAUCCAGGAUGGGAACCACGAUCUCCAUGGUCCGACUCACCGUCGCAGCCCUCAAAAGCACAAUGGUCAUGCACAGGGCCUAGGACGUCAGCGUGCCUGGCCCAAGGUGCCUUCAAAUGGAACUCCGUGUCCCAAUGCCGGUCCGAGCGACACGUACUGGGACUAUAUCCCUUGCAACUGCUCCAUUUGCGAGACCCGCAACCGUUCCGUGCACAUUUCCUUCAAACCCCAGCUGCAAACCUCCAUUCCUGAUGCAGAAAUCAGGGAGACCAUCCAUCGCGAGAUGGCUCGCUACGGAGAGGUUGAGCAUGUCUUCCCAUAUAAGAAGGCUGUUGGAUCCGCCUUGGCCUACACAGCUCGAUUCAAAUCCGCUGCUCGCAUCAUGGAAGCGGCCAACGCCCCCAACAUUGUGUGCCGAGAGCUAUCCUGUAACAUUGUCACGAGUGCCCCUUAUCGGUCAGACUACGGUGCUGAAUGGGCUCGAAUGAACGGCUCUCAGCUGCUCCACGGCGGCAACGGCCGUCGUAACUCCUUCACGCAGCGGAAUGCCGUUUACGGAGGGCAGCGUCCCCGGCUGAUGUCCAAUGCCACGGUCACGUCUCAAGGUUCGCCUCGCCGUGCCUCUGGCAGCACGCCCUCGGCGACGAGUUCCGUCAUGAUGCAUCAGCUUGCUUUGCCCCCCAACUACUUCACGCCUGGCAUUGGAAACAACGGCAGCUUCUUCCCUCCGCAGGCCGCCACCGGUGCGGGUGCUAUAGCAUCCAUGGGUCCUGUCCUCCCCGUGGGGAAGAUUGCCCAGUCUCCUGCUCAACAAUACCAUCCAUGGUAUCAUGCGCAGGCCCCUGGGGUUUCAAUGCCGCCUUGUCCCGCCGUUCCUGAGUCUGGUGCUCGCGCCAGACAGGACACUGAGAAGGGGGCUGCAAGCAUUGCUCCCAAGGACAAGGCACAGCGCCGCCCUGAACUGUCUGGAGCCGGCAAUCUUCCCGGAAUCAAGCUUCAAGGCGAGCAUGUUGACGUUGCCACUGAUACGGUCAGAACUCUAAGCAAGGCCUGCACGGUUCGCUUGCCUCGGAGCCCAGAACAGACGUCGGAGGAUGCCACGUCGAAGAAGAUGGAUGCUGGUCGCCGUGAAGCCACCCAGAAGGCCAAAUUCUUUGCCAGCAACGAUGCCAAGAACGACAUUGGCAGCGCUGGUGUUGGGACGCCCCAGGCCGCCACGGAAGAGGUCGCCGCCCCGACUACCUAUGCAUCUAUGCUCAAGAUCGGCAGCAACCAGCCUUCUCCUGUCAAGAUGUUUGACCAGGGUUCUGUAGGCUCAUCUGCCGCGCAGACUCCCACCAAGGUCACUACCCCUCGUCCCAGUGAGAGGGCCCCGAUUGCACAGGCAGACGAUCCCUUCGUCAGCACUUCUACUAACCCGUCGGAGGCCCAUGUCGGGCCCUUGGCAACGACCUCUGAUGAAAAGGGAAAGCCGAAGUCGUUGACCACGGUUACUUCUGAACCUUCUGGCCGCCGAUGGCGUCAGAGUGAAAUCUCCGAUGAGGGCGAAGGCGACGAACCCAUUGUCGCCAGGAGCUGCAGUCAACAGCAGGCUGGUACACAGCAAGAGGGGUCUUCGAGCAUACCGCGCAACUUCUCCAAGUCUUCUGUCACACCUAAUGGAAAGUCCAGCAAGAAGAAAACCUCGAAGAGGAAGAAGAAGAUGACUGGUGGAGACGUGCUCACAACCGGUGCCAUUCAGCAUCCUGGCGUCGACUCUGCUGGCAACACCAAGCUCAUCUCCGCCACCUCGCCUGAGCGCAUCGGACAUCAACCCGACGAGCAUCUCCUUUCGCCGUCCAAGAGGACGAGCAAAGAAAGCCCGGCGUCCCAGUCGCCGUCCAAGCGACUACAGGAUGACAGCAACAAAGAGGUUUGCCAACAUGAUACUACUGGCCAUCCUGAUAUCACUGUCACUCCUGUCGAUGCCGAUUCUUCUUCAGGUACCCAGGCACACCCGGAGGCUGUUGAUUCAGUUCAUGCCGCCGAUGGUCCAGAAAAGCCCAAGGCUCUCAACAUUCACGUGCCCGACUCGUCAUUGGAGCUUCCAGUCGCUUCGUCCCCGGCCACCGUAGACGGAAGCAGCGUCGCAGAGUCGUGGCACUCGGCCAAGUCUCGCCAGACCAGCGUCGAGUCCCUCAAAGCUGGGAAUAAGUUGCGCGACUCGGCCAACCAGCCCAGCACGCCCCCGGGGUCGAGCUGUGGAGACGCCUCGUCCACGCCUCGACGUGUUGUCAGCGCUGGAAGUGCUCUCAACCCCAAGGCUCGCGAGUUUGCUUCGCCCGCCGGGGGUCUCCUCAAACGAGCGUCAGCGGUUGACCUCCGCGGCCUCGUCCCCCUGGGCCUGGGAGCCCAGCAUCGCGUCUAUCACCAGCAGCACCGGCAUCAGGACAGCAUCGUCUCCGACACGUCGUCCCACACCGCCACGCCGGGCUGCACUCCUAAGAACACAAAGGGCCACAAUCGUGGGAACAACGAGAGGGACGAGUCUAUCUCGCCUCCACCCGGGGCGAAGCCUUCAUUCGCGCUCCGCCCGGCCGCCGUUUCAUACGCGCCGUCAACGCGCGCUGCUUCGCCCCCGGGCAACGCCUUCUCCGCGCAGCAUGCGUCCAUUGAGGAGCAACUCAACCACACGCGCCACUAUGAGGGCGGCAAAAAGGUUUAUCAGCCAGGUCUGGACUCGCAGAGCCAGCCAGGUCUGGACACGCAGAGCCAGCCUGGUGUGGACACGCAGAGCCAGCCAGGUCUGAACACGCAGAGCCAGCCUGAUGUGGACACUCAGAGCCAGCCAGGUCAUGUCGAGCAUCCAGAUGUCAUGCCCCUUGAUGCCAUCUCCACUGAGAAAUCCCACACCAACAGCGCCACCUGUUCAGACGUUGCUCGGUCGCGUCAGCCGAAGCAUAAGAAGUCCAAGGUCUGGAACAACAACAACAACAAGAAGAACAAGAAGGCUCAGCACGACCAGAACCGAAACCAGAGCCAGCACCAGAAGACCCAGCAGGCCCACCCAGACUAG